AUGGCAACUAACCCCGAUAUCGAAACCGAUGUUUCAUACGAAAUUAUUACUUUCUUUCGAAACCUUAACAAGGCCGUAGAAUAUUGUGAUACGUCCGCCUUACACGAUCUCUAUGAAACUCAGUUCGAUGCCCUCACAAAAAAGCACUACAUCAUUGGUCCCGGUCAGACACGACCAUGGCCAUCUUUGCGUCUAAAGCUUGUAUCCGAUAACUUCAAAAGCAAAAUCGCUGAGCAGGUUUAUAGCUUUAUUUAUUACAAGCACCUCUUCACCGAUCGUGCGGCAAAGUUGCAGGAUGCAAAGGUCUCAUGGGGAACUUUUUCGGAUCUCUUCAAUGCUAUCGCGGAUGGCUAUUUCGAGCUACCAAGCUGGAUGUUAUGGGACAUCUUUGAUGAAUUCAUUUAUCAAAUGACAGUGGUUUAUCAAAAACGCUUUUCCACCCGCUCCGAGUGGACCUUGACGGAGACUUUCAACUGCAUGGAUCGAGUGAUCAAGAAGUCGGGUAUCAAUGAGCUGAUGUCUCAGCUCAAUAUGAUUGAGGAUAUCACUAAGGAUGGCAACACCAGGGCUCUUGGCGGUUUCUUUGCGAUCAUAACGCGUUCUAAACUGAACGUUCUCCUUGGCAGCUAUUUUGAUGCAUUGUCGGAUCUUCAACCACUUGACAUUUUUGGUGUGGGUCGCUCUGUUCUUCAAAAAGUGACUCCGGCUUACAUCUCCCUGCUUUACCACGUCGGGUUUAGCUAUCUUAUGAUCCACCGCUAUGAAGAUGCCAGUAACAAUUUCCGCCGCUGCUUGGCGGUAAAAUCAUCUGGCAGAAGGUUCUCAGAGCGGCUUCAACUUGAUGCGGCAUAUAUGUUUGUGUGCUCACGUGUAUUGGGUGGCAUGGUGAUAACUAACGUCAGCUCUUACCUAGACCCGCGCAAGGUGGCCUCUUUCGAGGACGACAAGGAAUCGCUGCGCUUAGGUGAUGAAGAGCGAUUUCGAGACGUCUUCGAUCGAUGCAGUCCGAAGUUUCUCAGUGUUCCACCACUGGCUAGUGGUGUCAAGGGAACUGAAGGAAAGGAGCACCAGGCUCGAAUGUUUCGCCGUGCUGUGCAGCAGCAGCAGGAAAUCAUCAAGCUUCGCGGCUACUUCGGCGUCUACCAGAACACCAAGAUGAGCCUACUGGAGACACUCUUAGACACCGACGACGGCUAUGCCCCUCUUUUCGCGCUCAAGCUGCGUUCUCGGCAGCUUGUGCACAACGGAGAGUCGCCCGACCUUCUCUCAGGGGACUACAAAGUCAGUGCACAGUAUGAUUGCAUUGUUAGUGAUGAUAACGUCGAGGUCGUGCCGUGCGUCAAUUUUGGAGGCAUGGAGGGUAAAUUCUUUAAUAAAAUCAAAGGACUCCAGCGUGCUCAGCAGAAGCAGGCGCAGCGCAAGCAAAACCAGACUCGACCCCGCCGUGAACCCGGCGAGGGAAGACCACAACAAGGCGAGCGCCGGCGCCCGCAACAGCGUGGUGCAAAGGGCACGCAGGAGCGUGGUCAGAAUCCUCGGAACCCUCAACAGCGCCGCUAUAAUAACGCUCAACACCACGGCGCUCCACUCAGCAGCGACAACAACAACCUAUUCAAUAGGAACGUGGAGCAGUAG